AUGGAAAAAGCCAAGUGUAUAAUAUGUGGCUCGACGAGCUUCCGCAUAGAAGAGGCCCAGGUGGUGUGCAACCAGUGUAACUACGUAAGCGAAAUUCAACAGGAGCAAUUCGAAGAUGAUUAUGAAGAACGCCAAUUAGAUGAUCAUGUAGAUAAAGAAUAUCUCGAGAAAGACUUUUAUGAAAUUCUUAAAAAGCUCUACAAGAAUGAUAAGUUGGUAAACAAAAUUAAAAAUUACGUUUUUAAAGAAAACGAUGAAUUCUUUUUAAAGUACCAAAAAGUGCUACUAAACGUUAUGUAUGUCUUUGUGGCGGAACAUCAUUUGCCUCCUCUCCUAUAUGAUGAAGUGAAAAAAAUUUGGUUCUACUUAUUAAAGGUUAAUAUAAUGAAUACAAAUGUGUAUGUCCCUAUGGGGGAUGCGAAGGGUUCAGUUAAAUCUGUCUUCGAAGUCAUCCGUGCACAAAAACUGAAAGAUAUUGUUAUGGACAUUUUGAACAAGGGAAAUGUCAUUCAUGUGAUGAAAAAUGUAAUUAAAAAAAUUGGACUCAGUAAGUUAUCCUACUUCUUCAUCAUACAAAAGAAAAUUAUUAACGAAACGAGUAAGUCACUGGAAUUCCUCCCCAAAAAAAGUGAAGUCCAUAGGAGGUCAGAAUUUAAAUUGUUAAAUCUGUACAAACAGACUGCCCUAUUGGAAAGUGAAAAAAAAAACAAGGAAGACUUUUUAAAAAUUAAUGAAAUAAUUCAUAACAUUCGAAAGUCCAAGUUGGACAAUCAGGAGGAAGAGCCUGACCAGGACGGAGAUCAAAAUUUUGCCAUUUCAAAUGUCAGUGCACAUGCAGGGGGAGGAUAUGCGUCUCACGGGAAGAGGGAGGAAGGCAUGCUUUCUGAUCAUCAGCUCAUGGAAGCAACAUCCAGGCCAAAAAGUUUAAACGACAAUUACGAACAUUUCGACGCAUAUGAGAGGGAUGAUGAUGGGGAUGAACUUUUCAACCUGGGGGACUUGGCCGAGUUUGACCAGUUUGGGCACCUUGACGAGAUUGACCAGGUGGACCCCUUGGGGCAGCUAGACAGCAAUGACCGGCCCCCUACCCCUCAAGACACCCAAGGCCCAAAAAAUGCAGAAAACUUCACCCAAGAUGAAAAUUACACACAAGCCGAACGAGUGUACCACUUCCACUCCUCUUUCAUAAUCAAUCAGUUACUUAAAAAUAAAAAAUUGUUCAGACCAGUCGACUCCAAUGUCUCCACAAAUUAUAUGAACAGAUCAAUUAACCACACUAAUGUAAUAGAUUUAAUAUACCAGCAUGAUUUUUUAUAUUACUUCCAUGAGGAAUUGAGGAAAAAAUGCGACAUUGAAUUUUUGUCCUUCUACGACAUAAUACAAGUAUUCAAAGGGGAAUAUGAUUAUUUGUUACCCCCCUCCUUGGGGCUGCCCACCGGUCCAUACAUCCCCACCAGUGAGAGGGGAACGAGUGAGAGGGGUACGAGUGAGAGGGGUACGAGUGAGGGUAGUCCCCCAAAGGAGGACGUCUGCGCCCAGGAGAACCACGUCCAGCAGGAGAGUCACUUGGACGAGCUUGCCCAAGUGCACGAUGAAUCAGGUGAUAGCUUCGGUUUAGAAAUGAACGAGACGCCCCUUCACGAGGAGCUCAAAAUGGAACAGUCGUUUCUAGAUGUUCCGUUAACUGGUGACCAACGCGAAAAAACGCCGCUACAAAAUAGCGAUGAAGAACAGUCCUCCAUUGUUGAGUCUCUGAGGGACAAUGUAAGCCUAGGAGGAGAGGUCUCCGAGUUCCAUGGCCCCAAUGAUGCAGAUAGUAGUGGCGGUAAGGUGGAAGCAGGUGACCAAUUUGGGUUCAACCAUCUUGAAGGGUUAUAUGAAGAAGGGUUGGAGGAGGGAAGCGAACAUAAUGCCCUCCUCGAAAUGCUGAAAAAUGAUGAGCUGAAAAAUGAUGAGCUGAAAAAUGAUGAGCUGAAAAAUGACCAGCUGAAAAAAGAAACCGCAACGAAUAAGAAACACCAGCGUUCCUCUGAGGAUGUAGAAAAAAUUAUGAACAAUUAUCAAAAGUACAUUGAACUGUUGAAAGCGAGCGGGAAGCCUGUCCUGCGCAACGAGCGCACUGUGCUCAUUGGGACUCUAUCAGAUGAUGAAAGGAUGGAAACAACAAAUGAGCAGAAAAAAGAGACCAAAAAAAAAGGGGGAGGUGCUCAGGAGGGUAAAAAUGCUAUAGAUAGACCAGAGGAAAGGGAAGAGGAUACAGACCUGCUUGGCAACCUGUCCCCGCUCAUAAACGAAAUAAGCGAUGCUGCACCAGUGUAUGACGUAAAAGGUGUAUCACCAUCCCGGAGUGGUGUGCCUUCCUCGGGUGGAAGCAAGGCAAGUGCGCUUCUCCUCCAAAUGGAGACAGCAGUGGGGAGGAAGAAGUCAGACAUAGGUCAUGUUAAGCGCGGCCCCAGUAAUGCCUCUCUCGUCACAAGCAUACACACGGUGUAUAAGAAACUGGAACACGUAAAUAAUAUCAAAAGGGAAAAAAACAUAACAAUAGAAAAGCACUACUACGACAACGGGCUGAAGAAGACACAGAAAAAUUAUAGCAAAAUUGAUCUGUUUGUGAAGGAGUGUAUAUUAAAACAAAUAAAGGAAGAAAAUUUUAAAUCAGAAAAUGAAAAAAUGUUAUAUAUCCCUGACAAAUACCUCAUAGAUUCUUACAUUUUUGAUGGCCUUUACGAAAACUUCUUGUACAUUUCAAACCUAAAUAGAUUCAGAACCAUAACGAUAAAACAUGUUUAUGGAGAAUACAUUAAUUUUUUCCUAAAGGAUUAUAAAGAAUAUUUGAUUGACGAGGAAGCUUACAAAUUUUGCUACAACUUCUCCUUCGACUUACUCCUCUACCUACUGUACUACUCCAUGAAGAGGUUGCAGAUUCAGUGUCUGCCUCACAACCUCACCAACUACAUAAAUUUGGACAUCUUCAAUCUUUAUCGUGUUUUUAAUAACGUUCCUGAAUUGCUACAAAAAAUUUACAAGGAUGAAUCUUCUCUCUUUUCCUUCCCUUUAAAAAAUACAAAUUUUUCUGAAAUAAAAAAAUCGUUCUUUUUAAGAAAUUUGAAAAAUGGCGUACCCUUUUUAUGCAUGCAUAAUUAUGAACACACCAGUAAACAUUUCACACACGAAGAAGAAUACCAACUUAAGGCAAGCCCCCCAAAAAAUAAAUUACACACCAUUACAUACUUUAAAAAUGGGAAAAAUUUAAAUAUGGCCAAUAAAUUAUUAUCUAAGUUUAGAAAUGCCGAAUGGGUGAAGGAUGUUCAACUCUUUAACUCUACUCUGAUAACAGAUCUGUAUGGACAAAUCAACGACUUGGUAUUUAAAUUUCAGUUGCCUAAUGUCGUGCAAAUAUAUUCCAUGAAGCUUCUUCACAUGAUUAUCUUCAAAUACAGAUUUUUUAAAUUCCUGUUCAAUGUAUACAGCAAUCAGUACGACGAUAUGCAUAAUGAAUUAAAUAAUUUUUACUCAUUCAAACAUAUCCUUAGAGAUUUCAAAAUGUUCUAUCGGAAGAGAAACAGGUGUCUGUUCUCUGAAAAGGAAAUUAACAAAUACAUUCUGUAUUUAAUGAAAAAAGAGCUUUAUCUUAAAAAAAAAAUUUUAAAAAAAAAAAAAUAUAUUCAUAAGAAAAGUGGACAGCUCAAUUAUAAGGUUUAUAAUAAAUUGAACUACUUUUAUCGUCAAAAAUUUAUCUGUACCUUUUUUAUUACCUUGAGGUUUUCCCUUUCCGUGGAGAAGAAGAAGUUUUAUAGCAUCGCAGCUGCUUGUGUGUUGACUGCCUGCAAGUUUUACUACCCCAUGCUGAACUCAGACUUUUUCAAUUUUCAGAAUAUGUUUGUUCCGGACAAAUAUGAGAGCUUCCACCGAGCCAACCACUACCAGUGCCACCUGCAGCAGGGGGUGCACCUCUACAAUGGGGCAGACCUACAAGAGCGCCCUCACCGUAGGGGGAAGCACCGAACUAAGCAGGUAAAGAAGUGGGACGGCCGAGACGUACCUGCGGGGGAACCCCCCCUGGAUGAUAAGGCCCUCCACAGCGAAGUCAAAGCGGCACUCAAAAGGACGUGCCGUAGGGAAAGGGAAGGCAAAAGGGCUAUGAACAAAACGGACAAAACAGAGCAGCCAAUCAGUUCAGCAAAUCCACCCGAUAGAAGAAAGCGAAAGUUAUUCUCACCCUUGGGGGAACUGGACUCCACGAAAAGGGGUCUAGAAUCUAAAAGGGCAAAGCGUGGUGGAAUCAUCUGCGAGGAAGAGGUCCCCCCGCUCGGGGAUGGAAGCUUAGUGGGUGAAAGUUUAAUAGAUGAAGAGUUAAUGGGUGACCCCAUGGGAGAGAACCACGCCGACUACCCAUAUGACCACUACAGUGACAUCUUCACCUACGUGUCCGACGAGGAGUCUUUUCUCCGCAGCAGCGAUGAAGGGGCAACUGGUCUUGGCGAGAAGGAACUGGAACGUUUUUUAUCUCAGGAUGAUAGCGACUGUGACAGUGCCUAUGUCGCAUGUCACAGAGAGAUCAUUUUUGAGGAGGCCCCCAUGGAAAGGGCGACGUGCCAGAAGGGAAGGAAAACCAAAAUGAAAAGACACCCCAACGUGCUUAUUAGGAGAAUACACUUUAAGGCGUCCACCCAGAAAAGCAAUUUUUAUUUUGUGCCCAUCCCCAGCAUUAUGAAAUUGUUUUUCAACUACAGAAGGUUUUCUUCUGAUGACACCACCUUGGACUCUCUGCUGCAGGGCAAUCUUAGCCGUGCAGGUAGUUCUUCAGACGAGACAGACGACGAAGAACAGUACAUGUCUCACAUCGCGGCACAAGCUAACUGUUCUCGUCCCAUUGCACGCAAGGGUAGCACAGGAAAUGUGAAGAGAAAACGUAUUAGCAAACAAGAAAAUCUGAGUCGUAAACCAAAAUAUUUAAAAGUCAAUAAGUACCUCGUGCCACCCAUUUAUAUUUUUACGGUUCUGCAAAAUGUUUCAUGUUCAGGUAAGAACAGAAGUAGGCAUAAAGAAAAAACAGUUGUUGAUUUAAGCGAGUUGGUUGUAUAUCAGAACCCGUAUUGUUGCAAGGGGUUGUUAGAUGCCCCCCCAAGAAGGGUGUCCCCUCUUGAGAGAAAAGUGAAUCAAUUGAAAGAGAGGCUAUUCCGAACCCUUUGCUUAAGCUACUGCCCUCAACAUGUAGACCAUUUUAAUUUCGACAUGAAGAAGAUACUUUUUUAUAACGCCAUGGGUAGGAUGAUGGUCGAGUGUGGGCUAUCCCCCCACGAGGCAGAAGCACACAAUGUACUCCGUGCAGAAUCUUCCGAAUGGUUUGCUCUGCUCAAAAUGGUAUCAUGUUGGGGAGGGCAAGGUACACGUGAGUACUCCCAUUGGGGGAAGAACCCAUCCGGGAGCUUCAUGUCAAAUGUAGACGAGGAUCUCUUCAGGGGGGACGCAGCUAAGGGGGGAGAAAAAGACGCAAGUGGUCAGGCAGGCAUAGGGGAUGGUAUCGAUAUGGAUAGCCGCCCCAGCGCGAAGCAUGAUGGGAAGGACGAAGACCAUUUUGUAAACUUCAACGACGAAACGGUGGAGCACUUCAUAAGAGCGAAUAGCCUUGCGCGGAGGGAAAAAAAGCUCUACCGCGCUCUGAAAAAACAGAGCAAUGAUAUGGGUGGAGAGGACGCAACAGGGGUGACAGAUGCUAAGUUACAAAUAAUUAAACAAAGACAUUUAAUACAUUCAAAGAGAUAUGAAAUUGUUUUCUUCCGCUACGUCAUGUACGAGUACAACACCAUUUUGCAUCUUCUGCCCGACUUCCACUUCAUGGUAGAUACGCUAAACGUAUUUGUCACCUGUACAUGGAACGUGUACCACAUUCUCUUUUUAUAUUACCAGAUAAAACAUACCAUGAAUGAAUUCUUCAAAUGUUUCACUCAAAUUAUAAACAUGGUGGAUUAUUUUCUCCUCAUCAUGAAGCGUAAGGAAUACAUGCCUGCAGAACAGUUUAAUUGUUUUUUCAGAAACAAGUACAGAAAAAAAAAAAAAAAAAUUUCUCAUAAUAUAAAAAAAUUAUUCUUCGUCUUUGAGCUCCUUAGUGCCGUAUAUGGAGUGAAGUGUAAAAUUCCUUACCAAUUCAAAUUUACUCCAGGUGCAUUUUCUGUUAACAAUUGUACCCUUAUAUAUUAUAGGAAGAAACCAGACAGUGCAGAAGUUAGUAAAAAAAAUGAAUAUUUUGCUCAUUUGUCUAACUUGUUUUAUGGCGGUUAUUAUGAAUACCUCAAUAAUAUGCUGAAGAAUGUCUUCAACCUUGAGAUGGUUAAAAGGACGCUGAAGAGAAAAAUGAGACAGGCACGAAAUGCACUACAUAAUAGCAUUAGGAAUAGCUACAUGUUUAAUGAUUAUAUUCAUUCGUAUCUUUUCCCUCCUACACGGAAAACGCUGUUUCACAUAACAGUUAGGCAUGUGAACUUUUUUAGCCUCAGCUUUGAGGGCACCUUGAGGCUGGUAAGAAAAAACUAUGCCCCUUUUCUCGACCAGUACUACGAAGCGAUUGACAGAUGUGGCUUGUCUAGCAUGGGCGAUGUCGUGACGGUGUUGUCCGUAAGUCCCUCCCAUGAAGGAUUGCAUAUACGAACAAGUAAAGGAGCCAACAGAGGAGGGAAUUACCCUAUUAUUUGCUCACCCAAACGGCGCAGAAACGCACAUCGCAUUAUUUCCAAAUACCUAACCCUAACACUAAAUAUGCAACAGGAAAAAACGAGAGUACCCUACCUCUUCUGUGACAACAGGGCUGCAUCCAACUGGACCAAAGACAGCAGCGUCUACUUCCUCCACCAUGACAGAUCGGACGUGAUACACGACUGCAUCGAUUUCGUCAUGAGGAAAAAUUACCGUGUUCUAAAUAACACACAGCUGUGCGACAUUUUAAAGUAUAAAGUGAUGGUGGAUGUGCAAGGGCAGGCGUGCAACCAGUUGGAGUGGUCACAGAAUGAAGAUGCAGGGUCCCGCAUUUUUCAGAGCACUUGCUACGACAUAGAACCUGACACAGCAUCCUAUCAUAUCGUUAAGCUUUUUAAAUAUUUAAAAAAAAUGAGGAGAAUAAUCACACAUCCCCGAGAUGUAUUUCUCCUUUACUACCUAAGUUACUGCACCAACUUGUUCAAAAAGAACCUUUUAUCACGGAGCGAAUUAUACACCAAUAAUUAUUUAGCAAGACGGGUACUCUAUUCUUUCCUACCUGGCCUCUUAAGAAGGAACAAAAAAUCGAAUAAAAAUUCAGUCAUCAUGAAGAAUAAAAUUAUAAAUUAUGUCCAACUGUUUAAGUUUAUUCUUCGUGGAAGCAGGAACACAUUUUUGGGAUCCGAGGGAGGCAUAUUCGUCUCCAUCUGUGACCCCUGUUCCUGCAACAGUCCCUCUCAUUUUGGUGAAAAAAAAAAUAUUUUGCAAAAUUGUCCUCCCCCAGAUGGAGAAAAAUCGAAUAGCACCUCCAUCUGGUGUGAAGAGCAAUUUCAAUCCACAUUGCCCCUGCAGAGGAACAAAAAAUGGGAAUCUGUUGACGGCACGAAAUGGCUCAAGUUGGUAGACCUCUCUCAAAGUUACACAAAAUUUGCGAAGCGCUUGCGAUGCCCCGUUUCGAAUACAAAUGAGCUCCUCUUUAAUAAAAUCAUUUUCUUCAAUCUAGCAAAUGAAACAGUUAUUAAUGACGUAUGGCAGGGGGGUAGACAUGUUCCACCGGCACAGAUUGGGCAAAUCUGCAACCGUAAUGGAGAAAAUCCUUCAAGAGAAUAUAAGCGAAAGUGGAGAGGACCUCAGGUGAGACGAACUUCCGAAGUGAUAACCCCGCUGCAGACGAUCGCCUACUCCAUCAUUCUCGACAAUUUUAUCAACAACAAUAGGCAACUCAUUUUGAUCAAAAAUGUGGACCGUUUUCAUGCCAACUUGGAGGAGAAAAUUGAGAGGAAAUUUUACAAAAUGAGAAACGGUAUCAGGGGCGGCACUGCGAAUGGGUCCUCGAGCGGCACAACGUAUGGCACCACGAACGGCAUAACGUAUGGCACCAAGAACGGCAUAACGAAUGGAAUAAAAUACAGCGCACACAAAAAGUUAUACACAAAGAGCAACGUCUUAACAUCAACGAUUCACCAAAUGGAUUCAAUGAUAAACAAAUUGCCAUAUAGCAUUCUACCCAAAGAAGACCCAAUCAAAUCGAUAGUUACCCUUGAAAUGCCAAGUGCUCACAAUAAAGAAAACGUUGUAGAAGCGAUAGAUUCCAUCAGCUCGAUUCAUUCUAAAUUGUUUACAAAUUUGAACUACCUCUUGUGUACUGUCCCCUUAGAUGGGUACCUUAUUAGCUACCUGGAGAAGCGAUUGGCUGAGAUGUUCCCCAAGGAGGAUUUAAAAGAGGAGCUAUGUGACUUCGUUCACGACAUUUUGGUCAAACUCAACAUGAAUGUUUCGAAUGGGGGCGACGCCCCACAGGUGCACCCACAAGGGGGGAACAAUCACCCCCGCGAAACAGAUCACGGCCGAAGAGACCCCCACGAAAACGACCCAAAGGACGCCCCCACAGGGGAAGACGAAUUCCUCUACCUCUCAACAGAUGUCGACUCGUACAAAACCGAUUCCAUGUAUCCCCUCCACCAAUUGAGAAAAAACAAAACAUAUCAUGAUCUUAAAAAAUUUUUUAAAAAAAAUCAAAUUCAACUCAAUAUAGCUAUGGAAAAAAAAGAGUCUUGUGAUGUUAACAGAUGCACAUCCUUUUUUAAACAAUCACAACGUAGUCGCAGUAAUGCCAUCAUCGUAAACGAGUGUUAUAGAAUAUUUGCGAACGUGUUUAGUAAGCUGAGUAGCUGUUUGAGCCAAUUGGAUGAUAGGGAUAUUUGUGGGGCACCAUUUUACAGGCGCUUAUUCGAGUGGUAUAGCAACCUCAACAUGUAUGACCCCUUUUUGCUCAUUCAUAAUAAACACUACGAGUAUGAUGGGGCGAUAAUGGGUGGUUCAUCUGGGGUGUAUGCUUCUUACAAGGCAGAGGAAAAAGACCCAAGCAUAAUUAACGGUGACAAAAAUGGGCGUCUCUUCAGUGGAGUGAUGAGAAAAGGGAAGCUAGCAGAAAACUGCAACACCUGGGGAAGACGCUUGCAUGCAGAACCGCACAUUUGCAUCUACAACGACAACACCUUCUUCAACGCGAACGACGAAUCGCUAGCAGCGGAGGUAGCCAAAGGUGAUAAGUAUGAAGAGUCCCUAAUAAAUUACAGCCUGAACAAAAAUUCCCAUUUUGAAUUUCGACCCAAUGUAAACAGCUUCACCUUGAGGUUAAAAAACGAUUACAUAAAAAAAAAAAAUAAAAAGAUUUAUCAGCAUGUGCAGAAGAAACAAAUACAUAAGGUAAAAUACGUACAGAAUGUUGUGCGCACGGGCAAGUACACCUACUUUUUUUUUUCUUGUCUGGUCUACCCAAUGAGUCAUGUGCCCAGAAUCAUGUACCUUUUCUCCAUAAGGUAUUUCCCCUCACUUUUUAUAAAAACAGCAAAUUAUUUGAACUACCUGAACGUAGACAGCCACAUGCUGCAAUUUUUGUCUUCCUGCGAUGUGAGCACAAUUAAAGAGAUCUUCAAAAAUAUAAGAAAACAAAAAAGCUCAGAAAAUAUUUUCCAUUUGUUACGCUUUAGAGGAUUCUACGUUAAUCCAUUUUCCUUGCUAGGAAGUAUAUACUACUCAAAGGACAUUGAACUUUUGUGUACUAAUUUUAAAUUGUCUUUAUGCAGCUACAUUAACACGCUUCACACAGUGUUGUCUGUGGAGAAUACCAAGAGAGACUUCAAGGCUGUUAACCAGGAACGGGAUAAGCAGGAUCAUAUCUCCCCACACGUAGCAGAUAUGAGGCUGGACAGAGCUCAGAUUGGUCAGAACUCGUCAGAGAUGGACCCAGAUGUGUUGGGGUUGUAUCAAAACCAAUUUAGCGAAAUCCCAGACCCCCUUGACCUGUCACGGAUGGACCAUUUCGACAAUUCUGUGACGGAGACUUACAUCAAAGCGACCAUCAAAUUUGCUGACGAUGAGAAAAACAACAUCCAUGAUGAUAAAAUAAAUAAUUUUUUUAAAAAGAUCAAUCGUAGGGACAGUGGUGCCUUUUCCAAGCGGAGCCGUGAAAUGCGAAACAUCGCCCUUUUUGAAAACACAAUGCGAAACGAGGGGAAACAGAAUCAGGACUCAAGAGAUAUGUUUUUUUCAAGUGAAAUGAAUGAAAUUUUGUCCAAACAAAACAUCAUUGAAGACGAUGAAGAUAAUGAGAGCGAGGGUUUCCUGCAACGUGCUCGAAAUUUUAACUUCUUGUCCACCAUUCCCAAUGUCCUUGCACUGCGGCCAGUAGAACGGGGGGCAAAGAAACGAAGACAACGGCAACAGCAGAUUCUUGUGGAGAGGAAGUUGGACAGUAGACCAUCAUCUGUGUCCAAACGUUUUGCUGACCUUCCGCCAGAUCGUUCCCACAGCGAGCAACUUGUGCACAUCGAGACGGAGGAUCAGUCCAACAUGAAAUACUACCUGUUUGGAGAUGACGAGACGAAUAUCCUUUCGGUCAUUGGGCAGGGGGAACAGGCUUCUAAACCAGCGGCAGGGUCUGGCCACUCCAGAGCAAAAGACACACAUAAGGGCGAAGCGGUAACGGAAAAUAUUGUUGAAAUGGCGGGAAGAGCAGACAGCACGCUCACACAGAACAUCCCCGCACCGAACGAUAGAGAUACAAACGACUGCCUCAGCGAGCAGCAGUUGGAGAUGUUCAACCUCUGCGUGGAGCAAGGUCAGCGGGACGACAGCCAGAGUGACCUGUACGGAGGUUCCCACGUGGCAGGUAGUGUUGCCAGCCGCAACUGGAGCCAGAACAUGAGCGUCGCCGCGAGUCAUAGCGCAAGUUGGAACGAGAGCCGAAGUGCAAGUUUCUUUAGUAGGAGCCACAACCCGAGCAUGAACCAAAUGGGUGUGCGCAAGAUGGGCGUCCACAAGGUUGGCAAGGGCGGUAAUCGCUUCACACGAGGUCGUUGCUUCAAGCGCGCAAGUCGCCCCCAAAAGAGUAUGCCCUCCAAGGGAGCCAAGCGCAUAUAUGACAAGUGCUUGCGCAAACACCUGGACACGGAAAUCGCGCAGCCUUUCUCAACACCCUCAGAAACAAUCAACCUGUACAACAUUAUUUUAAACUCGCUCAAUAACGAAAUUCUUUUAAAAAAUGACUCCAUCACAUAUGGCAAAUACAUAAAGAAGACCCCCUUGGAAUUUAAUUACAUCGUGUACAAAGAAUUUUCCACGCACACAAGCUACUACUCGGAGCCUUAUGACAAAAGUGUUUUGAACGAAUUUAUCGACAUUUUUUACACGGACAAAUUUAGGGAUAAUUAUUUGGCAGGUCCAGGGGGGGAGGAGAAGCUGGCGGGGGAAACAGUAGGUAUCCUCGACCAGGGGGAAGAAGUAGGUGUGCUGGACAAGGGAGAAGAAGCAGGUGUGCUAGACUCCGCUCGAGGUGACCCCUUUCCAGUUACGCCCAGAGAAGGCAGUGAAGGCAGAUCGCAGGUGGACGAAUUCUUUUGCCUGAAUGAUGAACUUUUUUCGUCUGGCGGGGCCGAGGCGCCUUUUCCUGGCGAACGGGCUGGAAGUGAAAGCGAUCUCCAAAAUGACCUCCAAAAUCAUCUCGACAAUGACCCCCAAAAUGAUCUCCAAAGUGACCGCCAAUCCGAUCAUCUGGGUGGCGGGGAAAGUGACGCCCACGAAGAAGAGGAUAACAUAAGGAGCAUGCUGAACCCAUAUUGGGAGGACGAAAACCUGUUGGAGAAUGUACAAACAGAACAAAAGGAUGUGAUAGACAUGGAAGAGACAAAUGAAGAACACAUUAACCAUGAAGAAGAAAGUACAAUUUCUGUAUUCUCCGACGACUACUACGACAGCAAUGCCGAGAGUGAAGAAAAUGAUUUGCACCAGGAUUCCUACACAGUGUGCUCAUUCUACCUUCACAAACCAGUGUAUAUCUUUGAUGAGCAGAGUGAAAUUAACAAAGUGGAAAAGGAAACACAUAAAAAAAGGGACAUAAAAAAUGACAAUACUCCAUCCGCAGCUGAUCCAAAAAUCAUCGAUGAUAAUUUAUUUUUUCCUCUGAACAAAAAUGCAAUUUCAAAAUAUAUGACCAAAAAUGAUAAGAAACUUAAAAAGGUAUAUAAAAAAUUGAUCAAAAAAAUGGAAUACGAUAAAAAUGCAAAACGGACAUCCUACGCUAUUUAUGACAAGAAAAAUAAUUUCCUUCUGUAUGAUUAUAAAUGCUCCAUGUAUAAAAACAUUUGGGGAAAAUUUACAAAAAAAUAUGUAAGAAAAAAAAAAUAUAUUCAUAUGAACAAACUGUUCAACGGAAAUAAUUUAAUCGUUAAUACAAUCUCCAAUGAUAUUUAUCCCUACGAUAAGGAGGUCAGAAAAGUUGUGCAAAUUUAUAAGAGAAACAAGUUGUUCAUAAAAAAUGCCAAGCAGAGACACAUCUCGAGCAAGUAUAAGCAUUCCUUUCCCUGGGUUGGAGACAACAUGCUCGUCUGCCCCAACGACGUGGAUUUGUUCAUCAUGGCCGGAUACAGCUCUAUCCUGACCCACCAAAAUACGUCUUACUUAAAAAAUUUUAAUUACCACUCGGCAAAUGCGUUUAUCCCUUUAUAUUGUAAAACUUUGUCAAGGAACUUAGAGCACCUCAGCACAAUGAUGUGCCUGCUCAUCAAGGCCUUCAGCUCCUACUUGGGAUGUCCAUCCAACGACUUAAUUACGGCUUGCAAAGAAGUGGAAGGUAUAUUCUUUCGGUUUUGUUUGUAA